UACAAUUGAGACUUGAGAGGUCGGAGAUCAUUGAAAUAUGAAAUUGUAAUAAAAUUGAAAACAUUCCAUAGAACUUGUCAGAGGUUAAAAACUGUACAUACCUGCUUCAACUUAAACUAAAAAUUUAUCCAUCAUGAGUUCCGGAUUUAUAUCGGAAUCAGAAAUCUUGGAGGCCCGGCGGCGUCGACAAGAAGAAUGGGAAAAAGUCCGCACCGAAGAUCAGCCUAAAGAGGCCCCGGAGGAGCCUUAUGAUAAUCGACCCCUCUACCAACGCUUGGAAGAACAGAGGCUUAAAAAAGAAGCUGAAUUUGAAGAGGCACACAAACUUAAGAACAUGAUAAGAGGUCUUGAUGAUGAUGAAGUAGGUUUCCUUGACUUGGUUGAGAGGACAAAAGCAGAAGUUGCACAACAGAUCAGUAUUGAGGAGAAGAAAGAGAUGCAGGAGUUUAGAGAGCGAGUGUCAAACCUGGCAGAGAGUGAGGAGAUAAUUCGUCUCCGUGCACAACUAGCACCCGCAAGGACUACACCUGCCGCAGCUCAAAAACAGAAGAAUAAAUUGCAGGGUGUUGUUGUAAGAAAGAGGAAAGCAAGUGAAAUGGAAGGAGAAAAAGACAAGGACACGCCACCACAGAAAAAUGGAAAUGAUAAUAGUGUAAGCAAUAUAGUAGUGGAGUCGGAGACCUUAGGAGCGAUGAGGUCUGUUGCGGUGUUACCCGGUCUGGGACAUUACACGGACACAUCCACUGACACUGACGACUCUUCGGAUGAUGAGCAUGAAAAAUGUGUUAAAAGAGAUCUACUCGGAAGGAGACCGGAGCAAGUAGCAGAUAAAAGAAAAGAUGAUUCAUGUUAAACAUUUUAAGAUUUUAGUGUCGCGGUCUAGUGCGCCUAACCACCUAACGGAUAAACCAAUCUUGAUGUAUUUAUUGAGAUCGCCGAUUUUAGUAUAAGAGGCUGUAAUAGAAUAUCACAAUUAUUUCACAUGAUAGCAGUUGGUAGGUUUUAAUGAUUUUUGUAUGGGGUAAUAAAUAUCCACUACUAUUUUACAGUAACAGUGAUUUGUAGCUAUUUCUAAGCUGUUAUUUAUAGCAGUUAUUAAAUAUAGCAGCUCCCAGAAUAUACCCUAGAAAAAUACUUACUAUAUGGUUCAAUCUUCAUAGGUAUGUUCACAGCACCUUGACAUUUAAUUUUAAAAUGCUGUUUUGUUCUGUGAUGUACAUAAUUUCUAAUUGGAAUUGUUAUUUUUUAAUGUAAUAAAGAUUUACAUUUA